GCCAUUACUGUUGUGCUCCGCUCCGCACCCUUGAACCAAGCCGUGAUUAGCUGAGGUGAACUUUCACUCGCGGUGUUGUAGAAACAAGGUGAUCACUCGGUUUUCAGGAGCACCCUCACAGCUUCAGCAUUUGCUUCAGUAGGACAGAGGUUUGAACGAAGACGAGUUAGCGAAACAAGGCGUGUUCCGUUCCUCCUGCGUGCGUCACGGCGCCACGGACCGGGGCUCAAACGCCAAAUCGUUCGUUGUACUCGUUAAAGGAGGCCUCCGAGAAAAAGCUCUGCCCUUCUUCGCGCGGCUCCCCCUAGUCCGCCAUGAAACAGCCGUCGGCUUCGAGACUUGCGAUCCUGGUUCUCGCGUCGAGCCUGUUAAUCGGCUAUGCCGCGGCGCAAUGCACGAGCGUGUGUAUGGUUCCCGGCACGAGUCUAAUGAACACCGACUGUGUUUCGCAAUGCAAUAACUGCCAGUGGACGACGCCUUACGGGUGUGCCACCUAUUUCCAACCCGUUUGGAACGGCAACGCCUACUUGUCUGCCAGCUGCAGCUACUCGUGCUCCACCGCCCUCGCGUGGUGGUCGUGGCUGCUCAUCAGCCUGGCCAUCCUCUUCGUCUCCGUUGGCGUGGGCCUUGGAGUCUAUUUCUGCCUGCGGGCUGCCCGCAGCUGAUUGCACACACUAGGCACACACUCUCUAGCCUCACGUGGUCGUCGUGGCUGCUCAUCAGCCUGGCCAUUCUCGUGGUCUCUGUUGGUGUGGGCAAUGGGGUCCAUUUCUGCCCGCGAGCUGCCCGCAGUUUAUGAGGACACCUGGACCCACAUUCGUGGGAACCGACAAAUCAACACGAUGUUUCGAUUCUCCACAUUGUAAUACCUC